GCUGCCCCGCCAGCCCGCCUGCCCAGCACCCCGCAGUAUGGUGCUCCGCAGCCCCACGGGCCUGACUAUGGCUAUGCCCCACCGCCUGCCCGGCCCUCGGAGCCUGCCUAUGGCUAUGCACCUCCGCAGGGCCGCUACCAGGACCCCUACUAUGGGGGAUACGGGGGGAGGAAUGGCUCCGAAGUGCCCUACAUGCCACAGAGCUCCUGGAAAGCUGAGCCAGUGCAUCCUGCUAUUAACACCGUGGGCCAGGCUCCUCCUGGGCUCUACCAGCCACCUGGCACGAAGAAGACCUACAUCACCGACCCCGUGCUGGCCCCGCAGCCGCCUGUGCUGCAGCAAAAGAGUGGGUACCCAAGCUCUGGACCCGCAUCAAGCACUCCUGCCUUCAGGCCUGAAGAUGAGCUGGAACAUCUGACCAAGAAAAUGCUGUAUGACAUGGAGAAUCCUCCCUCUGAUGACUACUUUGGCCGCUGUGCCCGCUGUGGGGAGAAUGUUGUUGGGGAAGGGACUGGCUGCACAGCCAUGGACCAGGUCUUCCACGUGGAGUGCUUCACCUGCAUGAUGUGCAACAACAAGCUGAGGGGUCAGCCUUUCUAUGCAGUGGAGAAGAAAGCCUACUGUGAACCCUGCUAUAUUAACACACUGGAGCAGUGCAGCGUCUGUGCAAAGCCCAUCAUGGAAAGGAUCCUCCGUGCUACUGGGAAGGCCUACCAUCCCCACUGCUUCACCUGCGUGAUGUGCCACCGCAGCCUGGAUGGGAUUCCCUUUACUGUGGAUGCUGGUGGGAACAUCCACUGCAUCGAGGAUUUCCAUAAGAAAUUUGCACCGAGAUGUUCAGUGUGUAAGGAGCCCAUCAUGCCAGCCCCAGGACAAGAGGAGACUAUACGCAUUGUUGCCUUGGAUCGUGACUUCCAUGUCCAGUGCUACCGAUGUGAGGACUGUGGUGGCCUUCUGUCUGAAGGGGACAAUCAGGGCUGUUAUCCUCUGGACGGGCACAUCCUUUGCAAGACCUGCAACUCUGCUCGGAUCCAGGCUCUGACGGCCAAGGCCAGCACUGAUCUCUGA